AUGUGGGCUGCUGAAAUUUAUACCUCUUUCUAUCAGGUGUCCUACAAGUGGCUGAGCCACAAUUUUUUGGUGUCAUCAAAUGCUGCAAAGAGAUUGCUUCAAGUGUUUGUUGAAACACAUGGAAGUGGGAUAGAAAUAGUAUAUAAGUUGUCUGGCUGGUUGAAGAAUAAUCCUUCAGUUUACCAUAUAAGGCUUGUUUCCAGGCCUAAACUUGCAGUGUUUGCUUUCUUGGCCUACUUCUUUGGCUUUGAGUGCAGAGUUUAUCUGCAAGGGUCCAAUAUGGUUGCAGAGUGCUUAGCUUUAUUGGAUGGGCUUCAGUUGGUGAAAGAACAGAAUUUUGGGAAUUGUAAGCGGGAGGCUAAUGCUGCUGCUGAUUGCUUAGCCAAGCUGGAUGUGCAGAACAGAGCUUCGCUGUGUAUCCCAAUGGCGUCUUCUUUGCCUGUUGCAGUGAAGAUGGUGUUGCAGCAGGACAGAAGGGGUAUUCCUGUUAUGAGGAAAAGCUUUGCUUUUUUCUCUACCCAGCUGUGUAAUGUGGUAGGGUUUUCUUAA